GUCAGAUUGUCUCCAUGAAUAUCUAAGCGUCAUCACUUUCAACAGCCGCUGCUGGUGAUCAGCGACAUUCUUUUCUUCUUGUGUAUUUUGUUGCGAAGGUCGACACGAUGGAAGAAUGGGUUGCUCAUUUGCCUCUCCUUGAGGCCCGGUCGCACUUCAAUGUGUCGCUCAACACCUCAGCCGUCAGCGACGUCUCAUCGACCUCGACGAAUUCGACAAGAGCCGUGAUUGCGAGUUUGCAGUUGGCUCAAGUGCAAACGCUGCGCACAAUGCAUCUGGCUUUGGGCGUCUUCAGUCUUGCGCUUGCACUCUUGACAGUUCACCGAAUCUUGUCAGACGCAAGGAGAGCGGCAGCACUGCAAGUCACUCUCCGAAAACAAAGGUUCAACUCUCUCCAGAACGUCCACCCCGCCGAGACUUUUCCACUCGCGCUGGCUUGCGGUGUGGUCUUAUCGCAAAUUAUAUUCGUAGCAGUGCAGGGCACAACUCUCCAUAGUGUAUUAUCUAGCAGCUGUCGAAUGCUGGCCAUGGUUACCUAUCCUGCAAUCUUCGCCAUGGGCUACAUUACUCUCGUCUUCGGUAUCGAGACAGCUCUUCGAUCCUUCAAAUUCGAACGCUUUGCGCCCCGAGGAAGGUGGAACACGAUCCUAUGCAUCGCUGCAGUAGCUUUCUUCCUCCUUUUGACCUGGAUACCGACCAUCGCGUGGCCUAUGUUCAACACAUGUUUCGGCAGUCUGAUCUGGUUCCCGAUGCGUUACGACCUUUUGACUCUCGUCCUCCUUCUCAUCCUGGUUUCUUCACUCCUGAUAUUGGCUGCUGUCAUCAGCAUCCAGCUCAUGCGAACUGCUGAAGUGGACCCGAACGAGCGUAUCGCAGCAUCAAGAAUGUGCUACUACCUACUUCUGACUGCAAUCAUCUACAUCUUGGUUAUCCCGGUCGAGGUCCAGUCUCUCCAGGAAAACUUCGACGCAGCGCUUGGUGGCUCACGCUUUGCUGAAGCAUCGCUGUUCUCUUCUGGCAUGGUCAUCUCGUUUUUCCACCUCUUCCUUCGCACAAAUGCGAACCGACUGGUCAUUCGACCUAUCGAGGAGAUUAGAUCCCAAUCCAAACAGAAGCGACCAAAGAUCCGAUUUUUCGGACCCAGCGAUCUGGAAAUGAACAUCAGCGGCCCGCUCGCACUACAAGGUGGACGUCGCCCAGAUAGCAGACAAGGCUUGAUUGAUGUCGGCCCAGAGAAGAAUCGAUUCGACUUCGACCCCGAGUACUUCGAGCGACCAGAGAGAGCAAUUACACCAGGAUCGAAACCCCAAAGUCCGAUCGACCCGACAAAAUGGCCACUGCCUCCGGACAUGGACGAGUCAAAGGAGGAGACGAGGAAAGGCCACGAGCGGAACAAAGCAAGCUAUUCGGUCUUCCCGACUCGAGCCGGGGAUGUUCCUCGCCUCCCUGCCACUGUCUACAACCCAUCGAAAGCAGCCAAGGGUGAAUCUAGGAUAUCAAAGCUUGCGGUGCGUCGAUUCAACCGCCGAAGCUCAGUCACAGAUGUCAGUCAGGAGUUUGCAUCGAUGGACAAGCCAAAUCCAUCUUUCGCGAUGGGCAGGAGUCGACACGACAGCACAGAUAGCAGUGCAACCGUUCAGAUCGGUCUCCGCUUCUCCCUGGCCCCAGCCACACUUGCAGCAGUCAAGUACACUUCACCCACUGCUCCCAACAUCCCCAAACUCAACCGCAGCGAGACCGAGACGAGCAACGAAAGCUUAGGCCUUCCUCUACAAGCUCCUUCGCCAACCGCAAAUGCCGACGAAGUUCUCCUCAAACCCGCGGUAUUUUCUCCACUGACACAACGCGCGUGGUCACCUGCAAAACCAAGCCCGGCUUGGACGCCAGCAUUUCCCCUCACCCCUUCCCAGAACAGCAGCGCCUACCUGCAGGCUCAGCGUGAGAAGGUACUACCGCCCGCGCCUGCGUCCCGAGCCCAAUCGCCGCUGCCCGCACCUGCAGUGAUGAGUGGACUCCGCAUGAAUCCAGUCACUCCUGCAGCGUCAGUCGCAGCAACCUCGCCUACCAUAACGUCACCCACAUCAGAGCCAACAACAUCAGCGCCGCCGACACCAGUACAACCGCUUGCCGUCUCGCUCGUGCGCUCGAACAGUGGGAGAUCAGCCGCUUCUCCAUCGCCCACGGCCAGGAUCCCGCUUGGACAAGGUACCAUGUCGCGCAGUCCUCCUCCGAAGGGCUGGCUCUAGACUGAAACCUGAGGCAAGUUGGUCGCGUAUAGACCGGGAAGGCGUUACGCCGGUGUACAAUACUUUGGGUCUGGUCCGGGGUUGGGUCAUGGAUCGGAGGAUAUCUGACGGCGUUCCUGUUUCACAUGUCUUGGGUCGGAAGUAUCAGCCUGCUCCGACGUCUC